UCGCGUUUCCGGACAUCCGCCAUUUCACGUUGGUCAUUUCCUGUCUGGUCUUUGUCACCCUAUUUUCCACCCUUUUCGACGAAAUUCCGGACUUAUUUUGAGGAAUUCCGAUCCAGAACCACGGAAUAAGUAAGGGGAGUGACUCAUCAUGUCCAAACGUGUGACGGAGGAGAUAGUUAUAGUGGAGGGAGGAGAGGAGAAGAGGAUGAGAGUGGACGAGGGAAACGACGCAGAGGAAGUAGUAACGGAGAUGGCGUCCACUGUUUCCGUCACGACCGUGUCGGUUAUCACCCAGGCAAUCCACAUCAACGAACCAAUCGGUGCCCUGCGACAACUGCUGGAGCCGAGGGUACAGUCGUCACUGGAAAACCACAACAUCUACCUCCAGGAAAUACCUCUGGACCCCGGACAGAGUCUGUUUGACCAGGGUGUGAAGACGGACGGUGUUGUCCAGCUGAGUGUCCAGAUUGUGUCCAACACAGGUGGGGAGUAUAUGUCCAACCCAGGGGAAGAACCGAGACUGAACAUUCUGGAGGUGGUGAAACCCAUCCAAGAAACCAUAGAACUGGCUGUACCACUGGAGGAGGCACAUCAGGAACAAGUGGUGGCAGCUGUGUCUGACAUUGGCACAGAAGUGGUGACGACCGAAGAACCGGAGACUACGCGGGAACUGGAGCUGGCCACGGUGAUGACGGUCAGUCCCGAGGUGGCCUCGCAGAUCCACGCCGCGGAGGGGACGGCGCGCACCAUGGUCCCGCUUUCGGAGGAGUCGGACCAUGUCACCAGAUGGGCCGUCUGUCAGAACUUCAGGAAAGAACAAGAGAUCAAGGGCAUUCCUCUGGAUCCUAUGGAGUGGACAGAAGAGAACGUGGCCCAGUGGGUGGAGUGGGUGAUACAGGAGUUCUCCCUGGAUGGCAUGGACCCGCACCACUUCCAGGCCACAGGGAAGGACCUGUGCAGCCUGCAGCAGAAAGACUUCCUGGCCAGGUCUCCAGCUGGCAAGGGGGAAAUCCUCUGGACACAUCUAGAACUGCUGAGGAAAUCCAUACACCCCAUCUCUACAGUGGAAGUUGUCGCCACAGAAGGUUUAACAACUGUUACACAAGCAGGUGUGAGACAGGUGGUCACAGCCCCCACCAAGACCAUCAAGGUGCUGACCACCAAGGCAGCCGCCCUCAGCAGGCCCAGGUCUCCCCGCAUCAUGGGUGGGGAGGAGAGGAGCUCCCCUGGCAACAGGACAGGUAACAACGGACAGAUCCAGCUGUGGCAGUUCCUCCUGGAGCUUUUAACAGACAGGGACUCACGCGACGUCAUCAGCUGGGUGGGGGAGAACGGGGAGUUCAAACUGAACCAGCCGGAGAUCGUGGCACAGAAGUGGGGCAUGAGGAAAAACAAACCUGCCAUGAACUAUGAGAAACUCAGCAGGGCACUGAGGUACUACUAUGACGGUGACAUGAUCGCCAAAGUGCACGGGAAGCGAUUUGUGUACAAGUUUGUGUGCGACCUGAAGCAGCUGCUGGGCUACAGUGCGGGGGAGCUGAGCAGACUGGUGUCCGAGGCCGAGCAGAAGAAACUGUCUCACAACAGGAGAACGGCCAGCCUCUUAGCCACCAGCCCAGGGACUUCAGACUAGUUUUCUACUCCCCCCCCUCCUUUCCACCAUUGUCCUACGCAGAGACAUCCAACGGCACCAACAAACCGCCUCUUGUCUGUACUCUGCUGUCUCAACCAUCACCAUCAGUUCCUGUGGGCGUUGACACAGACCAGCUGUCAGCCAAUCAGAGAAUAGGCCCUCAGUUUUCAAAAGGGAUCUCGCAUAUAUAAGGGUAGGCUCAUUGAUAUUUAUGAGCAGCAAGGUCAGGAACUGAUGGUGACGGUUGAGAUAGCAAGCUAAAGACAAGAGGCGGUUUGUUGGUGCUGUUUUCUAACACCCCUUUUCCACUAGACGACCGUUGACUGUUGAGCGACCACAGUUGAAUUCAUAUGAUUCUCCCCAUAGCCAAAAAAUCAAAACAUACUGGACAAUGCUUAAAAACAAUUUCUAUCACUCACCCUAAACAACAAUCAAUUAACCAUGUGUUUUUCGAACACUGUACUUGUGAUAAGUGGAAUAGGAUGUACAGUGCAAAAGUACGAUUUAAAACACAACAGCAUGCAAAACUUUAAAAAGAAUUUCUUCUUCAUUGAUGAACUUCAUUGAACGAUCUUUGACAUGUUUGGUCACUCAGUGGUCACAUCCUCUAGUGGAAAGGGUUUAUAUACUUAACCGCUUUACACUCAACAGGUAUUCCAUUUUACAUUUGAAAUUACUAGAUGGACGAAUUAGACUGGAAUCUUGUGAAAAGCUGUUGAAUGUGGAAUUGGUUUCUUGGAAUCCAGAGUUGUCAUGAAUUCCAAUGGAAAAGUGAACAUGACUUUGUUAUUGACCUUGGGUAAGCUAAAAAUGUAUGCCCAAACAUCUUAAUGUGAUAUGUCUGAAAGCAUUCAGUAUGGAAGACACAAGUUUUCCAUUUCUAGAGAUCCUUUUACAUUACCAAAUGACAACCCUUUAAAAGACUGUGGCAUGUGCUACACACCUCAAAAACUUCAAACCAUGUUGUUUGCAAUUUGUUAAGUUUGAUCUCGGCCGUAAUGUUAGAGCUAGUUACUGUAAAUCUUUAAAUGUUCGCAGUGGUUUCAUUUCAGCAGUUUUCAUUUUGACCUCUAACCGCAAAAUCAUAACACUUCAAAUAUAUGUUUUGUAAUUCUACUGUACUACAAAAUUCUCCUCCAUUUUCAAUAACACUGAGAAAACCUCCUUUUUCUUCCUACUGUAAAAUAAGACCACUGCUAAAGUAAACAAAUUUACAGUAUUAUGAACCCUUGUUGAAUGGUAGGUUGAGAGUGGCUCGGAAAUCAGGAGUAACUGACAUUUAACUACUUUCUUGUAUGUGACUGAAAUAUUAGUUCCAGUUCGGGGAUGUCUACGGUAAUUGUAUAGUGAUAGAUUUACAAAAUGCAUUGUACAUAAAGUGGAUGUUAGAAAAAUGUUGGGACCAGAUACAUGUAACAAGAACAUGAUACAUGUAACCUUACACAUGUAACAUGAUAAAAACUUUGCAGGAAUUCCUCAGAAUGAUAAUCGAAAAUGAAAAAUGAAUACCUUCAGUAUUUUCUGAACUUUUCCUCAACACAACAUGACAAAAUAUAGACUUCAGUUGUCCCCAAGAAGGUAGUUCUUGCCUGUAAAUAUUUUAGAAGUUAUGAAAAAAAUGAUAAUGUGAAGAGAAAAAAGAUGCAAGAAAGGAACGCAAAGGUUGGACUAGUUCAUUACCUGGGAUGGGCAUAAUGAUUGUUUUGAUGUGAACAUGACAUAAAAGAUUUUUAUGUUAUUAUGAAUGUUUUGUCAGGGGUUAACUGACUUCUGUUUGAGUAGGAAAUGUGGCAGUUUCCUCAGCUGAGUUCACAACAGUUUGGGUUGAUGCGAGCUGAGAGUAAGGCCGGGAAAAAUUAAUGUGUUUUAAUAUGGUCCAGAAACAAAUUAUGAUAGGCAGGCAGUAAUUUUUAUAGCUGAAAUGAACCAAAGAUACAGUUUAACACUGUAAAAAGGAAAUGCAUUGAUUUAGAACACUUGCAUUGUCAAGAACAUGUUGUAAUCAUUCAGAUAUACAUCGUACAAGAAGAAUUGUCUAGUGAGACAAAAAUGAAAAUAUGCUGGACGAUUCUACGACGUUUUCAUCGCUCAAAUAUUAGAUUGAAAAUUUUAUGUCCCCUGCCAUCAGUCAAGUAAAAAGUAAAAAGUAGGCUAGUGUCUGCAGGCAUUGCUAGGAUGUACCUAGCCCACUGGGCCAAAACAUCUACAUUAGAAAUAACAACUAUUCCUAAUCCCCUCGACCGAUACAUGUGCUCGGGAGGAGAGAAACUUUUAAAAUCAAAGCCACUCCUAACCCAUUCGUCUGAAGCCUCUGCUUGGAGGGAGAGAAACAGGGCUCUAGCCAGUGUCCGUUUUUCCGUCAAUUGAUGGAAAUUUUCUGCGUGUGACAGAAAAAUUUUAAAACCAAUCCGUCAACCUUGACGGACAAAAAUUCUUGGUGGAAGCCACAGGCGGCUUGGGGACGCCGUCCACGGCCAUAAAAGCCACACACUGUUUAUUUUGCAAUUAUUAUGAUUGCUGACAAUGUGUGUCGGCGUCCUUUCGCAUACGAUGAUCUCAUUAAAAACCCGUUUUUCAAGGUCUCAGUUCAGUCUCUCUAACUCAUGGAAUAGUGUUUUCGCGACAAUGGGAAUUGGCUGAUGGAAAAAAAUUUCGAGAGAAACAUUAAAAAUCAAAGCCAACCCACUCGACCAAAACCUCAGCUUGAAGAAUACUCUAGCUGCACUCUUUAUGGAAGCCUGUAUAUGGUUACCAUACGAAGGUAGACUCGCCUACCUUUUCUAGUUUUGUAAGAUUGCUCAAACAAAUCAUGUUCCAUCACUAAGGAGUGAACUAGUCCAACCCCACUGUAAGAACCACUCUAUGACAAUGACUUUGAGCUGCCUUUGAAAUAUUAUCAAGCUUGUUUUCAUAACAAAAAGUGCUAUUUUUGUAUCAAAAUUAUCUUUGGAGCAUGCUGUCUUUGUAUACACUUAACAUGUACAUUGUACUGACUGUAGAUAUUGUAAAUGGUCGCUGACGGCAAGAUUGGAUUUGAACAAUGUGCCAUUGUUAUGUCGCCUUAACGAAUUCAUGUUGUUUUGGGUCCUACGUAUUCCUAAGUCAAGUUUGAAGGAAUUCGAGCUUGCCACAUUUUACUAUACAAUUCUCUGUGAUUACACAGCUGUGCAUGUAUAUCUUUACAAGUCCUAUUAUUGAAUUUAUUUAAACUUGACUUUGGCAUGUUGUAAACAUACCUCUAACAUUUUUUGAAGCUUGUUAGUUUUCCUGCAAAAAUGUCUGUACUUUAAUAGAGAAGUCCAAAAUACAGACUUAUGUUCGCGCUAAGCAUCUUCUUGGUUAUAUAUUUAUGUUCACUAUGAGAUAUAGUUAUAGUUAUGAAGUGCAUAAUUAUUAUAUGCUGUUUGAAAUCAGUGCUGGCAACAGUAGAGUUUGUUACUGUAGAGAUGUUCUAUAAUGUAUGCACAAUGCACUUUUACAGCAGCAAAGGGAAUUAUACCACAGAUAUAUGCACUAGUUUGUGUUCA